GAAAGGCGGAUGGGUAGAAUUUUGUUGUAUCGAUUAAACGAGGACAGGCGUAUUCGCACGGUGAGUUUUGCCCCUCGAGGGAAGGAAGAGCGGCGUCGAUGAGCAUAAAAUUCGAAGCAAGCCGCUUACAAUGACUCGUAGUAGGUUAGCCCCGCUGUGUGUUCCUCGGUGUUAUAUUAUUAGCCAGUCGUGUCGCUAUUUCGAGUUUUUCGAGGCGCGAGACUCGGUGCGGUGGGCCCCGCGCGCGAGGCUUCUGGGCCACGGUGCGGAGAGUCUUUCGUAAAGUCAUCGGGGAAGCGUACAAUCAAGUGUACAGUAGUGGUUUUUUUAUCGCUGGUGGUGUCGAGAUGCGCGCUGCUCCGCGGGGUAUCCGUGAGAAACGCGCGUUCUUUCAGUAGAGGACACGCAGCAUCGGGCGCACCGCAUAAAAUCAAUGAAAAUGUGGAAAAAUGUUGGUGGUGUAGAACGGCGCUGCGAGCCGAGGGUCGCUCACGCGUUAUAGGAGGCUCGCACGAGUACGAUAAAAAAUAAUAAAAAAGGCGAGAGGCUGAAGCAGCGUUAUGAAUAACGAUAACACGAACGAGAGAGAAGAAAAUGUCGGGGAUGGCAAAAGUGCGCGGAUUAAACAAUGGCCUGAUGAUGAAUUUUUAUCGUCUACAAGGGUAACGGGUUAUUACGAGAGAGAUUAUGAUUAUGAGAAUCUUGAGAGACAGCAGGGACGACGGACGGGCAGGCCGAAGAGAAAAAGACGGCGAGUCUGGACCGAGAGACUGCUCGAUGGUUUUCGCUCUUUCAUUGCUUUUCUCUUCAGUAAUGUAGGUAUCGUCUGCCUCGUAGUUGGUUACACCAUUGCUGGUGCAUUUAUUUUCGUUGCUAUAGAAGGCGCUCACGAGCUCACCGUAAUCAAUCGAAGAAGCAACGUUUCCAUUAUUCGCAAUUACACCGCUACCACACUCUGGCAUCUCACUUCCCAGGAGAACACAUUUUCGGAGAAAAAAUGGAGAGCAAAGGUCGAUGCGAUUCUUAAAAAGUAUCAAACUGAAAUUGUAAGUGCCGUCAAAAAAGAUGAAUACGAUGGUAACGAUUAUCGCGAGAAGAAUCAAAAGUGGGGAUUCGCUGGCGCUUUCCUUUAUUCUCUCACCGUUAUUACGACCAUCGGGCCGAACAUUCGAAUUCUAUCGACGACACUUUCCAAAGAACGAAUAAUUUCAGCGGGUUUUAACGGAAAAUGGCGAAUUAUUAUAACGAAUUUCAUCAUUUUCUGCGGAGAUCGAACUGAUAAAUUUUUUCCCCGAGGUUACGGGAACACUUGUCCGAAAACACUGCCGGGCAAAGCGGUGACGAUAGUUUACGCGAUAUUUGGAAUGCCACUGUUUCUUUUGUAUCUGAGCAACAUCGGAGACAUUCUUGCCUGGAGUUUCAAGUGGACGUACGCGAGAUGUUGCCUCUGCAGGUGUCGCAAGAAGAGAAGCGCACGGCGCAGCGUUUAUCCGGCGAGCAGCGAUAGAAAUUCGUUGCGAUUCGAGCAGCAGAUGGUUAGAGUCAACCACUCGGGGGAAGAGGAAAAUACAUCGACUAAUGCAAGCGAAGAAGAGGACGAAGAAGAACACGACGACGAUGAUGACGACGAUGACGAUGAUAAAUAUAAUCCUAAGAAUAUUACGGUUCCUUUGACUCUUUGUCUCGCCAUUAUGGUUGGAUACGUAUGUGGCGGUGCGAAACUCUUCUCGGAAUGGGAGUCCUGGAACUUUCUCGAUGGCUCGUAUUUUUGCUUUGUGUCGUUGUCGACGAUUGGCUUCGGUGACAUUGUGCCGGGUGAAAAAAUCUACGCCGGUCAGGACCUCCAAUUGUCCUCCAUCUUCUGUUCCAUGUACCUGAUGCUUGGUAUGGCCCUCAUAGCCAUGUGCUUCAACCUCAUGCAGGAAGAAGUGGUCGCCAAGUUCCGCACGCUGACGCGUUCUCUAAGGCAUAUACUGAGUUGCGAACGUGACUCUAGAAGCUCUCAAUCGCCGAACAGCAGCAAAGCGGCGAUCGUCACGAGUAAUCUCGAGCCCGUCGCCUACGUAUUUGCCAAAGGAGAAUGGAGAGGGGACGACGACGAGGCGAGAUCAGAGAAGAGACAAAAUGCUCAUGCGUGGGAGAUUUCGACGGAGAGAGCGAGCAUGGCGCGGGAGUUGCGCGAGAAGGGAUGCGGUUUCGUUCGACCUUAUAGCUGGUUUUGCGCCGGCAAGAGGGCAGAGAAGAGUGAGGAAGAGAAAGAGAGAGAGAGAGAGGAUCGACUGGAGCCAUCGAUGGAAUUAGGGGCCAACGAUGAAAAAGCAGCGAGGAGUAAAAUAGUGAAAAGGCUGGAUUGGUUGUUGGAAAAGUGGCGAGGUCGCCAUACACACAGAUGCCAGUAUCAAAAGCGUCGAAAGGAGUCGCGUCGUUGGAAUUAUUCGAGCGGCUUGAUCGGGUCGUACGAUACGAAGAAAUGUUACAUCAGGAAUUGUUGGGCGAUGAUGCAAAUUGAUGGAGGCGAUUAUUACCAGCGUGCGACAACAACAGGGUUGGGAGGCCCGAGAUGUUGUUCAGCUCGUAUGUCACAGCAGCAAGUAGGAGGGACGAUGUCAGCCGGCGGGGCGGAUCGUUCGUUAAGAAUUUCGAAAACAUUGCGCGGGGCAGAAUUGUUGUGUUGUUGUUGCAGUUGUAGCACGACAACAUCAGCCAAAAGUCCAGGUCUCGUGGCGAGCUUGGGUGUUUGCUUGCUCGUAUUCGGUUACGCGCUUCUCGGUGCUUUCGCCUUCAUGGCAUUGGAGGGUGGUUUCAAAACGGGCUCGUCGUUGCACCAGGAAUUACCGAGUGUCACGGCUGCUGUUCCAGGCUCUUCGACAACGGGAGCCAGCACGGUCAUUAAAAAUGGCAAAGUCGAUUUGAGUCUUCGUCCCGGUGAACACAGUGGAGUUUCAACCUCGAAAAAUUUGUCCGUUGCCCUCAAUCCACCAGGAGUUACGGCUCCAUCCUUGGAAACCAGCUCCGCAAAGCCCGUUCCACCACCGAACUUGAUGCAACCUAAUCAUCGCGCUGAUUUCAUCCUCGAAGAUUCCUCGGCUCGAGAGCUACGAGCUCAUACCGUCGAACGACUGUGGAGCAUCACCGAAGAUCUUAAUGUGUUGUACAAAGAAAAUUGGACGAGGCUCGCCGAACGCGAGGUUCUCGAGUUUCAAGAAAAAUUGGCUGCCCACAGCCUCGAUCGAGCCAGAUCCGGCUCCUCCAUUUAUGGCACUACUGCUGUACAACGCGCCGGUUCAUCCUCCGGUAGUAGGCGCAACAAUGAUAAACGCUUACCCGGCGUCACACCUUUGAUUAAACACAAUCAACGAUGGACUUUUGGCAGCAGCUUUCUGUACUCCAUUACUCUUAUCACGACCAUCGGAUACGGAAGCAUUUCGCCACGUACGGUAUGGGGUCGUCUAAUCACGAUAAUUUACGCUCUCGCCGGUAUACCAUUGAUGCUGGUUUACCUGAGCACAAUCGGGGACGUUCUGGCUCGUAAUUUUCGUAGAUUAUACGGUCGUGUUUGUGGCAGAGUCGAGUGCAUACGCGAUGGCAAUCGCGGAUCGCGUGGGGGAUGUCAAGGAUCGUCAGGUUCGUCGAUGACUCCGACGGUACCAGGAAUCAUUGGGAAAACGAGUUACCAUCGUUACGACAAUCAUAUCGACAGCAAGCUCUCAGCGGUUGGUGCCAAUUCUGCACAUCAUCAAUUCUAUUCGAGCAAAUCAAGCUCGUCGGACGAACUGGGCUUGAUACGCUCGACUGGAAGUGGAAUUUUGCUUGAUUGUGGAGGCGAGGCUGGUUCCACGGCGUCUGGGUUUCAGGACACGAAUAGCGGGCAGGGAACGAAAAAGCAUCAGCAUCAUUUUUAUACCUGUUCGUCUCAGCUUUCCGAGCCCACCGCUGUUUGCCUCGUUAGAAUACCGAUAAGUCUCUGUCUCCUUAUAAUUCUACUGUACAUAUGUUGCGGAGCAAUAAUGUUCAAUCGGCUGGAGGGUUGGUCUUUCCUCGAAGGAAGUUACUUCUGUUUUACGAGCCUCGGUACGAUAGGCUUCGGUGAUCUCGUACCCAGCGGUGGAAACGCUUCGUCUCACCUCCUUGAAGAAUUAAGCCUCUGCGCGUGCUCUCUCUACAUUCUUGCUGGUAUGGGACUCAUGGCAAUGUGCUUCAAUCUCAUGGAAGACGAGGUUGUUCGCGUCGUCAGAGUUUUCGGUAGAACUUGCGGUAUGUCGCCCGUUACUAAUUGUGCCGGUCCUCGAAUGAUGAACAAUCCGCCACCGCCACCACCGCCGCCAUCUGCAACUGCAGGAUCAACCGGUAUAAAAUCGGAUUUGAGUGCUCACGUGGAUAGAGACUUCAUGGGAGCACCGUGUACAGGGAAUGUAUUGAACACCGAUUCUCGUAUGGGCCAGCAUAAUUACGACCGUAGAGAAGGAGGGGAUGACGAGGAAGAAGCGAUAGCAAUGUCGUUGGUGGCGAGUUCUUGACAAAAUCCAA